AUGGCUUUGAAAAGGGGAAUUCAGGACAUAGUUGUCGUGGGUGACUCGAGAAUUGUGAUUCAACAAGUCCAAGGUCUGAUUAAUUGUAAUCAGCCUAAUCUCCAAAGGAGACUAGCUGAAUGUGAAACCCUGAAGAAAUGUUUCCAGACGAUCCGACUGGUGCACAUGAAGCGGGAGUUCAACCAGGCCGCUGAUUACCUGACAUCGAAGACUCUUGUUCAAGGUGAAUCCUGGACUGUUCAGGAUGAUCUCGAAAAACGACACCUGGAAGUAGUGUCUAAGAUUCGCGAGCAGUUGGUGAAAUCGUCAGAAAGCACCGACACUCGGGGUCACAGUGGAGAUCCGAUACAGGACUCUGGUGAAGAAUAUGGCAAUUCAGGAAUGAGACAUGGUCCUGGCCCUGAAUGUGCCCCUCUACCUUCUGCCGCCCUAGUCAUGGCAGUACUCACGAGAUCGCGAGCUCAAGAAGUUGAUGACGAUGGAGUUCCGCCCAUGGGACCGCUAGAGUUUCAGGCUGAACGCUGGAGACGGAUCAAGAUUCAUCAAGAGAAUGACGAAUAUCUAGCAGAGAUAAGGGCGUUCCUAAAUUACAAUCUGGACAGGUUCGCAUCCACACGUCUGAAGAAGAUCAGUAAGGUCGCAGAUCUGUUCGUUCUCGUUGACCGAGGAACUUCUACACUCUGUUCGUGGAAGACCAUGGAUAAUCUGAGACUGGUAGUCCCGAGUUCACUUCGGGAAGACAUGUUGCAUCAUGCACAUGAAGAUUUCCAAGGUGGAUAUCAAGGGAUCACUCGGACACAUGAGAAGUUACGUACGGAAUUCUACUGGCCCGGCAUUGGAAAAGGAGCUCCCCCGAAUGCUGGACCUUUGCCAGGAAAUAUUGAACCACGAUAUCCUUUCGAAGCAGUUUCUAUGGAUUUCAUGACUCACAUGCCCGGGUCAGCCAGAGGGAAUACUUUCCUCUUGUUUUUUCAGGACAUGUUUUCAGGUUACGUGAUGUGCAAACCCAUGUCAUCUACUACCGCGCAAGAUGUUGCUGAAGCUUAUGAAGAGCAAGUGUUCCAGAGAUUCGGGGCGUCUUCCAUGAUACGACACGAUCAGGAUCCGCGGUUCAUGAGUGAAGUGUUCACAAGGUCCCGAGAACUCUUAGGUAGCCGACAACGUGCUACACUCGGAUAUCGUCCACAGGCGAAUGGACAGCAGGAGAGAUCCGUACAAACGGUUAUUCGGAGUGUUCGAGCGUAUGUCGCCGAGAUGGAUCAAUCCGACUGGGAUGAUCACGCCGAACGACUGAUGUUCGCCCUGAAUGUCUCGUUCGACGCGACUAGACUGGACACUCCUUUCUAUUUGGUUCAUGGUUGGGAUGCCCGAAGUACGGUCUCGGCAAUGUUAGGACCGAAACCUUCGAGCGUUCCUGAGCGUAGCGCCUAUGAGUGGCGACGGAAACUACAGCGUAAGUACAGCUAUGCACUUGCUUGCGCUGAGGAUCUCCAGAAGAAGGCUAAGAAGAUGCGGUCGGAUGAACAAACCCGAAAAUGGUUGGAACUCUCCGAGAGGGUCAAUGCUGGCUUUGAGAAGGGCGACUCUGUUUGGCUGUACAUCCCGAAAGUUCAGACUGGAUUGAGCCGGAAGCUAGUACACAUGUGGCACGGGCCAUUCAGGAUUGAUGAAAUUCGGGAUGAUUUCCGUGUGAGACUGAAGGUGAAAGACACAGGUUAUCGUGUUAACCCUUGGGUACACAUUAGCCGACUCAAGCCGAGUAGUUUUCCCAAAGCGACCAACAGUCGAGGUUGA